AUGUAAUAAAGUGCAUCAAAAAGUGCUAAAAAAUAAACUAAUGCCAUAGAGAAAGUAUUAAUAAUAUUUUAACAUUUAGCCUAGUGAUUCAAACAUAGCUAGGAGGGUUUAAACGGAGACAAUUGAUUAUGAUGAAGCAGAACAAGAUAUUCAGUCAUUCUAAGAUAUUUCCAAUAUCAAGUUUCGCAAUAAACUUAUAUCUUUCAAUAAACCAGCUAAGAAACCUAUAGUAAAAGAUUUUAAUACACAAUUUCAAUUAUGUUUAAAGAAUGAAAACUCAAUAAAACCAAUAUCUGGAACUGUUAAAAAAUGUUAAAAACCAUAAGGAAUAGAUAAGAUCAACACAAAAUCUUUAUUAAUCCCAGCAAAAACAACUAGACAAGAUUAUUCUACAUAUACUUAUUAAAAUCUUAAAGCCAUAGGUAGUGGAUCUUUUGGUACAGUUUAUAAAGUAAAAAAACAAAUAAAGAUUUAUAGUCAAAAGUAAAUGAAACAGGAGAAAUAGUUGCUAUUAAGAAAGUAUUGUAGGAUAAAAGAUAUAAAAAUAGAGAGUUAUAAAUACUAUAAGAGUUAAAUCAUCAUAAUGUAGUGAAAUUAAAGCAUUCGUAUUUUACACCUUCUGAUAACAAAGAUGAGAUGUAUUUGAAUGUUGUUAUGGAUUAUUAUCCAGAAUCAUUAUAUACUUACAAUAAAUCUUUUAGAUAAGCAUAAGCAAGAAUGCCUGAAAUAUUGGUGAAAAUUUAUUCAUAUUAACUGUUAAGAUCAAUAUAGUAAAAGAGUUUAUCAAAUAAUUAGUUAUAUAUCAUUAUUGUCCAUAUGCCAUAGAGAUAUAAAGCCUCAUAAUAUUUUAGUUAAUCCUAAUCAUCAUAAACUAGAACUAUGUGAUUUUGGAAGUGCCAAAAAACUAAUAAAAACAGAAACAAAUAUAUCUUACAUUUGUUCAAGAUGUUAUAGAGCUCCAGAAUUAAUAUUUGGAGCUGUUAACUAUGAUACUUAGAUAGACGUUUGGUCAGUGGGAUGUGUAAUAGCUGAAUUAUUUAAUGGAGAACCAUUGUUUUUGGGUGACAGUGCUGUAGAUUAAUUGAUUGAGAUCAUUAAAGUACUUGGAACUCCAAACAAGGUUCAGGUAUUAAGUAUGAAUUCAGAUUAUGAUAUGUAAUAAUAUAAAUUUCCAUAAAUUAAAGCAAGGGAUUGGAAGAAAGUAAACAAAAUCAUUUUUAAAUAUUAGGUGAUAAAAACUAAUGAUUAAUUGGCUACUGAUUUAAUUUCUAAAUUGCUUGUAUAUUGUCCAAAAACUAGAUUCACUCCAAUUCAAGCAUUAUGUCAUCCUUAUUUUGAUUAAUUGAGAGAUCUCAAUCAAAUAAAAUAAUUAUAAGAAAUCUAUAAUUUCAACAUAUAAGAAUUAUUUGAUUUUAGCAAUUGUAAUUUAUUAUUAAUUAUAAUAUUUAGUGGAAACUAAUAAAAUGACAAAUGAUGAAAUGAAAAAGGUAAUUCCUAAUUGGAUUAAUUGUAGUUCUACUAAAAUUGUUAAGACCAUAGGUUGA